UCUGAUUCAAACCAAAACCCUCGGCCUUCUCAUUUCUUUCCGUCAUCCCAAAACCAAAACCCUGCCGGCGGCAAGCUCGUAUUCGUCAGCGGUUCGCUCCAGCUAGCCCGCGAGCAGCACCCAAAACCCUGCCGGCGGCAAGCUCGUAUUCGUCAGCGGUUCGCUCCAGCUAGCCCGCGAGCAGCACCAACUCAAGUUCAGCCAGCAUCUCCAAUGGAGGCCACUUCAGCUCAAAAUUUCCAGCCUCGGGCCCUUUCCAUCAAGCUGUGGCCCCCAAGCGAGAGUACUAGGCAGAAGCUUGUGGAGCGAAUGACCAAGAACCUCUCCACUGAAUCCAUCUUUUCUCGAAAAUAUGGCCUACUGACCCCUGAAGAAGCCAAUCAGAAUGCAAAACGAAUCGAAGAUACUUGCUUUGCUGCUGCCAAUGAGCACUUUGAGAGGGAGCCUGAUGGCGAUGGAAGCUCAGCAGUACAACUCUACGCCAAAGAAACUAGCAAGCUUAUGCUUGAAGUUCUCAAGAAAGGUCCAAAACCUAAAGAAGAUAAAGAGUUGUUUCCUGCAGUUGUUGAACCCAAAAAGGCAAAGGCAGUGGUUUUUGAUAUUUCUGGUGGUCGUCGAGCUUUUAUUGAAGCCGAGGAGACUCAGCAGCUUUUAAACCCACUUACUGAAGAAGGGAACUCGUAUACAAAAAUUAUCUUCAGCAAUAGAAGCUUUGGCAUUGAAGCAGCUAGAGUGGCUGAGCCAAUCCUUUCUUCUCUAAAAGGCCAACUUACAGAGGUCGAUGUUUCUGACUUCGUUGCUGGUAGGUCAGAGGAUGAAGCUCUAGAAGUGAUGAGAAUAUUCUCAUCGGCCUUGGAAGGGUCUGGAUUAAAAUAUCUGAAUCUUUCCGAUAAUGCUUUGGGUGAGAAAGGAGUGAGAGCAUUUGGGUCACUGCUAAAAUCUCAAAGUAGCUUAGAGGAGCUGUACUUAAUGAAUGAUGGGAUAUCAGAGGAAGCUGCAAAGGCUUUGACUGAACUCAUUCCAUCGACCGACAAGGUUAAGGUACUCCAUUUUCAUAAUAAUAUGACUGGUGAUGAGGGUGCUCCCUCAAUUGCCAAGAUUUUGAAGGGAUCACCGUCAUUGGAGGAUUUCCGAUGUUCAUCUACAAGAGUUGGAUCUGAGGGAGGCAUUGCUAUUGCCGAGGCUUUGGAGGGUUGUGAUCGCAUAAAGAAGCUAGAUUUAAGGGAUAAUAUUUUCGGUGUGGAAGCUGGGAUAGCUCUAAGUAAAACUUUACAAAAGCUCAAUGGUUUAGUUGAGCUUUACCUCAGUUAUUUGAACUUAGAAGAUGAGGGGUCAAUUGCAAUCUCGGAUACCCUGAAGAAACAUUUGCCUGUUCUUGAAGUCUUGGAUAUGUGUGGAAAUGAUAUCACUGUCAAAGGCGCUGCUUCAUUGGCUUCUUGUGUUGCAUCUAAGCAGUCCUUGAAAAAGUUGAACUUAUCAGAGAAUGAGCUGAAGGAUGAGGGAGCAGUUGAGAUUGCCAAAGCUUUGGAGGGACAUAACAAUGUUAAAGAAGUGGAUUUGAGUACUAACAUGAUAAGGAGAGUAGGAGCUAGGAGCUUGGCUCGAGCGGUGGCUAAUAUUCCUGAAUUUGUGAUGUUGAAUAUUAAUGGUAAUUUCAUUUCAGAUGAAGGAAUCGAUGAGGUUAAGGAAAUACUAAAGGAGGGAGUGCUUGGACCGUUGGAUGAAAAUGAUGUCGAAGGCGAGGAAGAAGAGGAGGAAGAGGAAGCAGAAGAAGAGGAAGAGGUGGAGACGAAGCUUCAGGAUCUUAAAGUUGACGAAUAAGUAGGCUUCAGUUUUUAGCGUGUACUAUGAACUAGUAUUAGAACUUUAAUUUUCUCUUGACAGGCCACACAUAUUCUAGGCUUUGUCAUGAAUUAGCCUAAUGUUUUGUGGAUUAAAGAGCAUUUUGAUGCUUAAGUACUGGUCGUUGUAGUUUUUUACGUGUUUGUUGGUAGUUCAGUCUUAGAGGCAUGUUUCUUGGUAAUGUGCCCUGAGGGGUAAUUUGACCUUUUUAGCAUGUUUUAAGUUGGCUGGCUUCUUUGUUUAGAGAUCUUGCUUAAUAAUUUGUUGCUCCUGAA